UUGCCCAGUGAACUACAGAGCACGUCGUCUAAUAUGGCGAUAUUUGACCCGGAUCUCGCUGUGUUCGAAUGGGACUGUUCAGAGAUUACGCAUGCGUCUGUCAGCGUGAACUCUCAUAGGCCUGCCCCCCUCGAAUAUCGUCAAUUGCGGUGGCAUCGAGUCACCCUUUGAGGCUAUUCUUGGCACAACCGUCCCCCCCUCCCACUGGAAAUGAACAUGGAUAUUUCGCCCCUGUUCGACCUCCAUCGUUCCCUUCAUUCUUUUUUGCCGUUGUUUCCAUGCCGAUUCAGUCCACAGCGGCAUCUCGCCUCGCCCCUGGGGUUGCGUGCCCCAUGCGAAAAAGCUCAGUAUACUUUAUUGAGCCGCGCAAUGGUUCUUGACACGGGGCCCUGCAUCCCCGUGAUGUGGAAUACCUCUUCCCGUGGGCUAUGCCAUGGAGAGAGCGGCUGCAAUCGUCGUCGUCUAGCUCUAUCGCCGACUCUUCUACAUAUGAGGCCAGUGUUUCUCUGCCAAGCCGUUUGUUGCUCUUGAUUUGUUGAGCUCCUCAUCUGUUCAUCUCAUCUACCCAACUCUGACAACAUGCGCUUAUUCCAGCUCUUUUCGCUCGCAGCAGCCUCCACCCCUGCGUUGGCCGACACUCAUUACUUCUUCUCGGGCUUCUUCUCUGGCAGCACUAUUGUUGGCGUCGAGUUCGAUGACCAAACUCACUCUCUUACCCUCAAGAACAAUAUCACCACCGAUGCGUCUGCCGGCUCGAAGUGGAUUGCCCUCGACUCUCGAUUGAAAAACUUGUAUGUGGGUACCACUGGCUACUUCCAGAGCUACUCCAUCACCGACGACCUCGGUUUGUCAUACAGCAGCAACGUGAGCCUGCCAUCAGGCUGUUCCAACGCCAACUUCAUCGCCUCUUCCACUGCGGCUCCCUACACCGUCUUCGGAACCCCAUACGGAGGUGGAUGCUCCAGUCUCGCGAUCACGGUCGACGAAUCAGGCGUGCUCCAAGAGGCAACUGCAAAUGUCACCUACGAUAGCGCCGCCGGCGUCCACGGAACCUCCUUGAGUCCCCAGAAUGACUUCAUCUACUCUGCCGAUGACAUGGGCAACGCCGUUUGGGUCCACUCUUACGACAACACCACUGGUGAAGUCGGAGAGGUCCAGUACCUCGCCGCGGCCGAGGGGUCGAACCCGCGGCACUUGACCGUGCAUCCCAACGGCAACUGGGUCUACGUCGUCUACGAGGAGGCCAACUCGAUUGCUUCUUACAAGCGCGACCCGACCACCGGCAAGCUGACGUUCACCAACACCACUUACUCACUGCUGCCUUCAGGAUACACCAACACCUCCUCCUACUGGGCCGACGAGGUCCUCUUCUCCAUCCCCAGCGGCAAUGCGAGCGCCGCCGCGCCCAAGUACCUCCUCGCCGCCACGCGCUCCCGCACCGUCGGCGUCCCGGGCUACGUCUCCGCCUUCGCCCUCGACGGCGCGUCCGGCGCCGUCACCGAGCAGCUGUUCCUCCUGCCCACCACCAACAGCGGCGGCUCCGCCAACGCCGUGUCCCCGGCCCCCUUCAGCGAGGACUACUUCGCCAUCACCGACAGCGGCUCCAACUUCCUCGAGGUUUGGAAGAUCGACGCCGCCGCCGGCGCGUCCGUCACGGCGUCCGCGGUGGCGCACCUCGGAUUGGCGUCGGGGCCGGCAAAUGUUGUGUGGUACAGCUGA